GUGCUAAGGAAUUUCUGGCAUUGAAAAGUUGCAUGCAGAACGUGCAAACAUCAAAGCUUGGAAGCUACUAAGAGAAGUUUGCAGAUAAGAAGUUUUCACUUAUCAAUUUACAGGAAGGAACAGCAACUUUUGUGAAUAAACAGUGCUUAAAAAUAUGUCCGGGAAAGCAUCAAGUUCAAAGCCUAAUAUAGAUUUGAGUGGAUCCGGUGGUCUUUCACAUGCUUACAUUCAGUAUCCGCCAUUACAGUGCAGCAAUCCUGGAUCAAAGGGUUUGUUUUAUGAUGACGGAAAUAAACUUCUACUUUCCCCAACAUCUGAUCAGGUCUUCUCUUGGAAAGUUGUUCCCUUUGAUCCUCAUGUCAGUCCAACCAUUGAUCCAAUAGGUGAAGGCCCCAUCAUAUCUAUUCGGUAUUCUUUAGAUAUGAAGGUCAUAGCAAUCCAAAGGUCAGAUCAUGAGAUACAAUUUUGGAAUAGAGAGACUGGGGAAACAUUUACUCAUACGUGCAGGACUGAAUCUGAAAGCAUGCUUGGAUUUUUUUGGACAGAUAGUCAUAUCUGUGAUAUUGUUCUUAUCAAGACUAGUGGACUAGACAUGUAUGCAUAUAACUCUGAGUCAAAAUCACUACAAUUAGUGGAGACAAAGAAAUUGAAUGUUAGUUGGUAUGCUUACACACAUGAAAGUCGUUUGGUUCUACUUGCUUCAGGAAUGCAGUGCAAGACAUUUCAUGGAUUUCAGAUUUCUUCUGCAGAUAUUGUUCGCCUGCCGAGGUUUGAGAUGGUUAUGGCCAAAUCUGAAGCAAAUAGUAAGCCUGUUUUAGCAGCUGAAGACAUCUAUAUCGUUACUGUUUAUGGUAGGGUAUACUGCUUACAGUUUGAUAGAGUUGCUAUGCUCCUCCAUUCGUACAGGCUGUACCGUGAUGCUGUGAUACAGCAGGGUUCUUUGCCAAUUUAUUCAAGCAGGAUCGCUGUGAGUACAGUGGACAAUGUACUUCUUAUUCAUCAAGUUGAUGCAAAGGUGGUUAUACUGUAUGAUAUAUUUGCAGAUUCUCGAGCUCCUAUAUCUGCACCACUUCCUCUAUUGUUAAGGGGUCUCCCAAGGUCCAAUUCUUUUUCAUCUCGAUCAACUGGUAGAGAAAGUGAGAGUUCAGAUGCUAAUGUUGUGAGUAAUCACGGCACAGUUACCUAUGCUGAUACAUGGUCUUUCCUGGUUCCUGACCUGAUAUGUGAUGUGGCAAAUAAGUUAUUGUGGAAGAUCCACUUGGACUUAGAGGCAAUUUCUGCCAGUAGCUCAGAGGUUCCAUCAGUGUUAGAGUUCUUGCAGAGGCGAAAGUUGGAAGCUAACAAGGCCAAACAAUUGUGCUUGGGUAUAGUACGCACCCUUAUUCUAGAGCGUAGGCCGGUACCUAUGGUUGCCAAGGCUAUACAUGUAUUAAUCACCUCUUACUCCCAUUCAAUUAAAACCAAUCCCCAUCUAAGGGGAACUAAAUCCGACAAGACAUCAGCUUCUGGUGCACAACAUGCUGUUAGCCCUUUGACUGGUGCUGAUGUGUCUGCUUUGGGAGCAGGUGCACUUGGAAAAUCCAUUGUGCAUGAACCUGCUGCUAGAGUAGACAGUGGAUCUCUUGAUAAAUCUUCUACUGUUUUGAGUUUGGAUUCUGAGGGUGAGAGCAGAUCUGCUAAUCAAAGGGGCUAUACACCAGGGGUCCGGGCUCACAGCGCUCAUGUUACACGAUCAUCUUUGCAGUUUGGGCAAGAGGAGCCCCAACUUACUUCUCCUGCGAUUUCACCUGAUGAGAUGUACAGCUUUGUCUUUGCUCCAGUUGAUGAAGAAAUGGUUGGAGAUCCUUCUUACUUGGUCACUAUCAUUGUUGAGUUCCUUCACAGUGCUAAUGCAGAAAAGGUUAGAAUACUCCCGAAUCUCUAUGUUCUAACAAUUCAACUGCUGGCCCGUAAUGAGCGAUAUGCAGAACUUGGGUUGUUUAUCAUAAACAAGAUUCUGGAACCCUCUAAAGAAGUUGCAUUACAGCUCCUAGAGUCAGGUCGUCAAAAUUCCCAAACCAGGAAGCUUGGUCUGGAUAUGCUGAGACAGCUUGGUUUACAUCAGGAUUAUGUAUUGUUGCUGGUGCAAGAUGGAUACUACCUAGAAGCCUUAAGAUAUGCUCGGAAGUACAAGGUGGAUACGAUCCGGCCAUCGUUGUUCCUAGAAGAAGCAUUUGUUUCCAAGGACUCCCGACAUCUAGCUGCAGUUCUCAGAUUCCUCUCGGAUUUCCUUCCUGGUUUCAAGCACACUUCAGAACAUAGCAGAUACUAUCGCAUUCUUAAUGACAUGAACACGCCUGUGUCUGUCUGAAGAGUUUUCUUGGGAUAUUAUUCUUAGGGAGGAAAAUCGCCGCUCGAGGCCGUUGUUGUUGGAUGCCCUUCUCCAGGUCCAAGGUAUCUAAAAUCUGCCCAAGUUUGUUCGUGUAAUAAUAGGCCAAUGCUGCUCAAUUUGUUACAAAUACUUGGACAGUUUUGACUAUCAACGUCUACCGUAUUUAGUUGUUAAUGUUAUUCACUGUUGUGUGUGUUUGAGCAGGCUGCAGACUUUUGGGUUUGACAUUUUCGUUCUUGUAAUGACACCUGACAUUGAUAUAGUAUUUUCUAUAUGCGAUAA